CAUCAGUUAUAUGUUCCGGUAAUGGCUUACCUGCUGUUUCUUUGCCUAACGUUGAUCUUGGUUUUGGUAACACUGUUAGCAACUACAAAGGUCCUGGUACUUACACUGUCAGUCCUGGAAAUGUUUUAUCUGUCGGUCCAUCUGGUGAAUUCUCUUUCAUCUCUGGCUCUGGCGUCAAUGGUAUUAAGACUGGAAGUAAGUCUAUCUCUUCUGUUUCAUUUGCCGAUGCUACCCUUCCUAACGGAAGUGUAUUAACUGCAUACACUGGUCCUGGU